CAGGAAACGGUCAACACCAUCGUCAAAGAUCUGGCUCAUCAACGAGAGAGACAGAGAGUGAGAACGAUGCGUCGUCCCGUGGUGACCUUGCUAUCACCAAGUCCCUCUGCGUCACGCCGGGCUCAAGAGAUUCUUGGUUCAGUCUUUGGAUUGGAGCAAGCAGAGGACGAUGCCUUCAGUGCGUCAACGGGGCAGGAGCAGCAGGAUGACUUGAAUGACAGGUUUGCGUCGUCGUUGGGAUCCGCUGUCAGUAUGCAGUGGGACUCCGUUGUCUCGGAAUGCCCUACAUCUGGAACUCUACUACAUUGGUUGGCUGUGGAUAACGAUAACAAAAAGGAGAUCCAAGGAGGAUCCUUUUCUCUUCUGGGAAUCACUACUAGUACUACCAGUACCACUACCAAUACCACUACUAACAAUACAUGUAGUAAGAUCACGGACAAUCAUCCAAUCUCAUCCGAGACUCGAAGCAUCAUCAACUCCCACUUGCCUUCACAGUUGAUGCCCCUUAGACUUCGUCACUUGUUCAACAGACAAAUUACUUCGGAAGCACUGCUUUCCAGGCAUCAGGGACUCCCCAUUCUGGAAUUGGAUUCACAUUCAUCAGGUUCACCUAGUGCAAGUGCAAGUACCAGUACCACUGAUUCAAACUAUCUCAAGGAAGUUGCAUUCACAAUGUACGAUGAUGCAACCUAUGAAGAUGGAUCAUCUGUACUUGACAAGUUGGCAAACCUACACAGACCCGUCACGGGAGUCUACCAAUUCCCAACUCAUUCACAGGCACUUUGUAUGAGACCUCUUCCUGCUGCCAAGCAAGAUUUGAGAGGACCUCCUCUGGUAUUGACUUUUCAUUGCCAAGAUGUACAAGAACAGAUAGUACAUGUACAAAACAGUCACAACGACAACCACAACAAUUCGUUCAACGUUCAAUGGGCCAAGAUCGGCUUUCGAGGUCAUAUGAGUGGCGGACAGCUUCGAUUCCUGGCCACUUCCAAAGAAAACAGCCAUUUUCCACUCUUGUCGGGGCUCGAUAUUCGAUGGUGCGAUGCAACCAACCAGUCAAGUGUAUUUCACGAAGCACAGGAAGCAUUGUUGGCAAGUUCGUUGCCAGAGCUACAAUCCACCAAUGUGCUCAAGGGAACAGGAAAACAGCAAGCUGGAGCCGAAGACCAACGAAUUGGAUCGUCGGAUUGCUGGGUGGAAGUACGAACCAUGGUACAAAAUCCAAGAGGAUUCAUGGCUAACGCUAACAAUACCGGCAGUGGCAGUGGCAAGCCAAAGGUCGCGACAGCCCCUCCGUCGUAUCCAGAGUAAUCAACCGUGUACAUGUAUACCAAGUACGGUACCAGUACCCACCUGAUGAUACCGCAGUGAAUUGCUUACAUAGCUCGUCUAUUCAUGGCUUGCUACGGGUGGAUGCAUAGCACUCACAGAGACCUACCGGUACUUGCUCGGCUUCCAGCUCGCGUAAACUAGCUACCGUACUGUACAUGUAAGAAGACUACGAAUGACAAAAGUACAGCACCAGGUUUUGCGAUGUACAAACUGGCUGAGUCGAGUGAGUCACCUUUUGUCUCGCCUUAGCAUUGAUACAUUCUAAUAAAAAGAUACUUACUGCAGUCC